CUCAGAAAUCUGUAUUGUACGGUAUUGUAUUAUAUUUUUACAGUUAGAAAAUGUCUAUCCAUCCCCUGCUCUGAUCAAACGAAAGUAAACGCAAUUGCCCACUUACGAAAGCCCUGGAUUAUUGUAUUUGUAUUAUGCUCUCAAAUUCAGCCAUGGCGAUGACGCUGACUCACAUUGACAAUGACUCCUCAGUUGUCCGAGUCCUCUCAACUCAACUCAACAACCCCCCGUACGCAUAUAUGGCGGGCGAGAGAGUAUGUCUUAUCACAAUAAUUCUUGCUUUCUUAUCAUGUUACUUUGCUCUACUUGCAGCUUCACAGAUUACUCAUCCAUUGGAAGUUGCAGCAUUGCAAGCAAUUCAUGGCAAACUACAGGAUCCCUUGAAAAAUCUUAGGAAUUGGGCAAAGAAAGAUCCUUGCACCUCAAAUUGGACUGGGGUUAUCUGCAACGUCGAUUCAAGUGAUGGUUAUCUACAUGUUCAAGAAUUGCGAUUGCUAAAUAAGAAUCUGUCUGGAAUAUUACCUCCUGAACUGGGCCAACUACCUCAUAUGGAAAUAUUAGAUUUUAUGUGGAAUGAUAUAAGUGGAAGCAUACCAAAGGAGAUCGGAAAUAUUACUUCUUUGCAUCACCUGCUUUUGAGUGGUAAUCAAAUAUCAGGUCCUCUACCAGAUGAGCUUGGUUUUCUUCCUAAUUUGAUUAAAUUUCAGUUAGACCGGAACUACAUAUCAGGACCAUUACCAAAGUCAUUUGCAAAUUUGUCCAACGUUAAGCAUUUCCACAUGAACAACAAUUCAAUCAGUGGUCAGAUUCCAUAUGAGCUUUCUGAACUACUUCAACUUCAACACGUCCUUUUGGACAAUAACAAUUUGUCAGGGUACCUUCCACCAGAGCUUUCAAAAAUGCCAAACUUGAAGAUUCUUCAACUUGAUAAUAAUAACUUCAGCGGGAGUGGGAUACCAGAUUCAUAUGGUAACAUGUCUAAGCUCUUGAAAUUGAGUCUUAGGAACUGCAAAUUGGAAGGAAUUGUUCCUGAUCUAAGUGGUAUACCUGGCCUUCGUUACUUAGACCUCAGCCAGAACCAACUCUCUGGAAGUAUACCAUCAAGUAAACUUUCUGCUAAUAUCACAACUAUUGACUUAUCAAACAAUACAAUAAAUGGAUCUAUCCCCUACAACUUUUCAGGCCUCCCUUAUCUCCAGACCUUAUCACUUCAGAACAAUUGGUUAAGUGGUUUCAUUCCCUCUACCAUUUGGAAGAAUAUGACUUUCAGUGCAGAUGCAAAACUCAAAUUGGAUUUCCGAAAUAAUCUUCUUUCAGAUAUUUCUGGCAGCCUUGAUCCUCCUUCAAAUGUAACCAUGAUGCUUCAAGGUAAUCCUGUUUGUGAUAGAGCGAAUCAACUAAACAUUACCCCAUUUUGUGGACCUGAAACUGAAGAAGGGGCUACUGACAGCUUGAGUCACGCCAAUAAUAGCUGCCAACCUCAGUCUUGUCCUUUAAGUGAUCAUUUUGAGUAUGUCCCUGCAUCUCCUCUGAAUUGCUUUUGUGCUGCACCAUUUGGAGUUGGAUUACUUUUACGGAGUCCUAGCAUAUCAGAUUUCCCUCCAUAUAGGCUUCAGUUCGAGGUGUACAUGACCUCAAAUCUUGGCUUGGAGCUUUAUCAACUAUCCAUCGAUUCAAUUCUGUGGCAAAACGGUCCUAGGCUAAGGAUGUAUUUGAAAAUUUUCCCCCAGGUUAAUGAUUCUAAUGAGUUUAAUGAAAGCCAGAUUCAAAGAAUAGCAAACCAAAUUGCUACAUUUGCAAUUCCUGCGAAUGAUACCUUUGGCCCUUAUGAUCUGCUCAAUUUCACUCUCCAAGGUCCUUAUUCAAAUUUCUUUCUCCCACCUUUAAAAACUGGUAUAAGCAAAGGUGCAGUGGCUGGAAUUGUGCUAGGGGCUAUCUCAUGUGCAGCUGUUUUAAUUUUAGUAAUCAUACUUGUGUUCUUGAAAAUGAAGCCCAGAUCCCAGCAUGAAAUUCCAAGAGAUCAAUCAAUUAUGAAAAUCCCCGUCAAAAUAAAAGGAGUGAAAGGAUUUAGUUUCAAUGAAAUGCAAAUGGCAACAUGCAGUUUUGGCAUCAGUAGGCAAGUUGGUGAAGGGGGUUAUGGAAAGGUUUACAAAGGCAUAUUAACUGAUGGAACAGUUGUGGCAAUAAAGCGUGCACAACAAGGAUCCUUACAGGGUGAAAAAGAGUUUUACACUGAGAUAGAAUUGCUGUCACGGUUACACCAUCGUAACCUGGUUUCAUUGGUAGGAUAUUGUGACGAAGAAGAUGAACAGAUGUUAGUGUAUGAGUUCAUGCCUAAUGGUUCACUACAUGAUCUCCUUUCUGCUGGACCCAAAGAAUCCCUAAGUUUUGGAAGAAGAUUGCAUAUAGCAUUGGAUGCAGCCAAGGGCAUUCUCUACCUCCAUUCUGAAGCAGACCCUCCAGUUAUCCACCGCGAUAUCAAGGCAAACAACAUACUGUUAGACUCCAAGUUUACAGCAAAAGUGUCUGAUUUUGGAAUCUCAAGGCUUGCACCGGUAGCAGAUGCCAGUGGAAUUGCAACUGCUCAUGUAUCCACAGGAGUGAAAGGCACACCAGGCUACCUUGAUCCAGAAUACUUUUCGACUCACAAACUAACAGAAAAGAGCGAUGUUUAUAGCCUCGGAAUUGUAUUCCUAGAGCUCUUGACAGGGAUGCAGCCUAUAUCUCAUGGUAGACACAUUGUUCGUGAGGUAAAUGCAGCGUGUCAAUCUGGAUUGAUGUUGUCAAUCAUAGACCAGAGCAUGGGUCAGUAUCCUUCUGAGUGUAGUAAGAGAUUCAUGGCAUUGGCUGUCCAGUGUUCUCAGGUUGAGCAGGAGGCCAGACCUUCAAUGUUGGAAGUGGUCAGAGAAUUGGAGAACAUAGCUGCACUGCUGCCACAAUCUGAGGCCAUUCCGUUGGAGUUGGAAGCCUCUAGUUCUGGAAUGUCAAGGUCUGCCUUGUCAUCAGUCUACUCUAGAAAGAACUCGCAUGUGUCCAUGGAUUUCCCUGGAAGUGACCUUGUUAGUGGCGUCAUCCCCUCAAUCAGGCCUCGCUGAUGGAGCAGUAAAUUUGUCCCUAGAAAGCUUCAUAAAAUGUCCAUAUGUUAUGCAAUGUAAUUGUAAACAUUUCUUAGGCUACAGAAAACACUUGUUACUAUUAUUCUGAUGAACAUAUGUAAUAGGCUUGAGUUUGUAUGGGUCCUGAGUAAGUACUAUAAGUUUGAAUCCUGGUAUGAUAAAUAGUUGAUCCAGUUU